CGUAAGUUCCCAUGUUCGGCUCCGGCCCACGUCGGCUUCCGGCGGGCCCGGCGGCCUCCAACCACCGGCGGCCGUCACCUCCACAACUCAGGUGGCCCCGCUCUCAUUUACUUAUCUUUUUAUUUUCUUUUCCAUUCAACGUUUCUCUUCCCAUUUUGUAAUUUUGUAUCUUUUUUCGGGAUUUGGGGAGCCGGAAUUAGCAGCGGGCCAGUUCCGGCCACUGCCGGCGACUGGCGUGUGUCGGUAGCUUGAUGCCUUCAGAACCCAAUUUUUUUUUUCUUUUGUUGGUUUCAUUAUAUAUUCAUUUAAAGGCCAAGGGUGUGGCUCCCUACAUAGCAAAUCCAUGGGUACAGAGGGAUGUCCCCUCUUCUCAAGUUAAAAGCCCUUCUCUUCGAAAAGAACAAACAGUAGAGAGGAAAGACAGUGGAAUUAAGCUGGCUUAAAGAAAAUAAGGUACUACAUUGAAGACAAAGAAAACAGAGAUAAAAAUGGAGAAAAGAAAACAGACCAAGCAACACGAUGUCUUCUUCCUCCUUUUCUUUCCAAUCAUCUAAUAAGCAGUGUGAUCUUUGACUGUUCAUGAUUCAUGCUAGCAUGGCGAUGAUACUGAGAAACACCAUCAUCACCAUGUGCAGAUGCCUCAUGAUGGUCAUGGAAGCAUUCAUAAACAAUAUAUAUGCAUGCCAACAAAUCAUGUCCCACACGAUAUGCCAUACUGUGUUCACAGAAAUGGUAAGUUACCGCACUGCCUUGCCACGGCAGCCAUUCGUGGCAAGCGGGCCCAACACGUCGCUGUCGCGCGCCGCAGCCUGGGAGCUCAUUGGGUAACGCUGCCGAGUAGUCAAAAGGGCAGGAGGGGAAUGGCGACCCAGGCCGCAGUACAUGAGUCGGCACCAUGGGGCGUGUCUCCAACACGCGUCGGGAGGUCGAUCGGCUACCGUUUAAGGCCGCUCUCCCAGAUAAGAGAGCGAGGGGGAAGCUUCUCUUUCCAUCUCGCUCUGGCGGAAGCGACGGCCGGAAUCUGGGAUUUUCCGGCGGUGUGUCGGUGAGGCACAUUGACCGCCAGCAUUUGUUUGCGGAAAGAUGGACAUGGGAGGGCAGUACGCCAGGACCGAGUUGGAGGCCCUGUUGAAGAGCCACCACCACCACUUCCUCCCUCCUCUACCGCUGCCGUCUGUUCCGUCGGCCAGCGGGCUCUCGGUGACGGAGAUGAUGGCGCAGAGUCCGUUCAAGCUGCCAGGGUUCUUCCAUGGCAGUCUGUUUGGAAGGCCGCACCACCCGGGCAUGAUGGUGACGGCGGAGGAUGAGGCGGCGGCUCAGUUGGGGUGCAGUAUGGACUACGGGGCGGAAAGAUUAGAUUUUUGCUCCGGCAGCUCUAUUCCCACUACCGCCACCAAUCUCAUUGCUAAUGUUGCAAAUGGCGCUGGAGAUCUUCUUUUCAGUAGUCACAGCAAUGAGAACAACAACAAUUGUGAUGGCGGUCGUAGCGGUGAGAACAUGAUGAGAUUUAUGGGUACGUCGUCUUCACCAAGCGAGAAGAUGGAAGACAGAGAAGGAGGAGGGGAUGGAGGAAGCAGCAGAUGGCCGAGGCAUGAAACUCUUACGCUUCUGGAGCUAAGGGCACAAAUGGAUUCCAAGUUUCGCGAAGCCACUCAAAAGGGUCCUCUAUGGGAGGAGUUAUCCAGGGAAAUGGCAGAAGGAUAUGGUUACCACAGGAGCGGAAAGAAAUGUAGGGAGAAAUUCGAGAAUCUGUACAAGUACUAUAAGAAGACUAAGUUAGGUAGAAUGGGGAGGCAAGAUGGGAAACACUAUAGGUUCUAUGCUCAACUUGAGGCCCUUUGUGGUGGAGGAGAAGGAAGGACGACUAACAACAGCAGCAGCAUCACUCCUAAUGUAAAUUCGAGUACCAACAGCCAGUUUGAUCACGAGCUCCACAAUGGUAGGGGAGGAAAGAAGGCUUUGGAGGAAAAGACAAAAGUGGACUCACCAAGCAUUUCGGAGUCCGACAUGGCGAUGGGAAGCUCAGACUCGUCAGAAGAGGACUUGGGUAUUGAAAAAGGGAAGAAGAAGAAGAAGCAGAAGACGGCAGAGGGGAAGAGCUGGAGGAAGAAGAUGAAGGUCUAUAUAGAAAAGCAGAUGAAGGUGUUCAUCGACAGGCAAGAGGAGUGGUUCGAGAGGAUAGUGAAGACUUUAGAGCGCAGGGAAGAGGAGAGGCUCGCCACAGAGGAGGCAUGGAGAAAGCAAGAGAAUGAACGCUUGCAAGUGGAGCACCAAUUUUGGGCCAAGGAGAGGGCAUGGAUGCAAGCUCGUGAUUCCACAUUCAUCGAGGCACUGCGCAAAGUAAUGGGACAGGAAUGCACUAGGGCCUCUUCCUCUCCUCCCUCUCCUCCCCUGAGCUUUGACCUGAAGGAGAUGCAGGAGUUGGAGACGAACAAAGAGGACCAAGCAUUAUACAACACUAGCAACAACAACAACGAGAGCACCAGCAGCAGUAGCAGCAGCAGGAGGUGGCCCAAACAUGAGAUCUUGAGCCUUAUAAGAUUGAGGACGGCCAUGGACGGAAGGUUCCAGGAAGGGGUCUCUAAGGGCAGCCUCUGGGAAGAGAUCUCCUUGAAGAUGACACAAUUGGGGUACGAGAAGAGUGGGAAGAGGUGCAAGGAGAAAUGGGAAAACAUCAACAAAUACUUCAGGAAAGCAAAGGAAUGUAACAGGAAGAGGAGGGAGAACUCCAAAACCUGCCCUUAUUUUCAAUACCUAGAAGAGCUAUAUGACAGUGGGGACAUAAGGGUCAUUCAUGAAGGUUUUGACAAUGAUUACUGCGAGCAGGAGCAAAAGGAUGCAGAAGCAUCGGCAGAGGGAUUAUAUUGAGAGCAGCGAGGCAAUAAUGAGAAGAAGCUACUGUGAUAGACGAAGGCUUGAGGUAGGCUUUGCUCUUCUUCUUGUGAUCUUCCUCUCGCCUCUCUCUCUCCGCCACUGUAAUGCAGCUAGGUUUCUCGCCUUCGGCACAUGUUGAGAGGGGUCCAGAUAUACUGUCGCCUGUGAUUUCUUCUUUUCUGUUUUCCUUCUUCUUUCUUUUUUUUUUUUUCCUUUUUUCUUUGUCAUGCUAGGACAAGCUUUUCUACCAAUAGUAUAUAUGUUGGACGCAAGGAAAAAUUUACCACGUUCUGACGUUCAUCUAAGAGGAACAAAUGUCAAGGCCAUGUUUCACAUUUUCUUAUUACUAGUUCAUGUAUGAAGUCGUUGUGUAUAUAUAAUUUUUCUGACAUUGAAAUCUUGAUUUUAUUCGACA